AUGACCUCGCGAAUCCAGAGCUUCUACUUGUGGCUAAUGUGCUUCACUUAUAUGAGCGCAAGCAGGGUGGAGAAAGCCAUAUUUAAGUCCGGCUUCACAAAGUUGGGCUUUAACAAAUUUAUAUUCUCCAUGACACCAGGCUACAUCCGUGCUGAGGUCAGGGUAGAUGAAUACCUUGCUUCCACGAAAAUCCUCUAUUGUCUGAAAACAGUCGUCCGCCAAUUCUCAUCAGGGGCAAGACGUCAGUCAAUGAGUCGACAGCCAUCCUUCACCUACUCGGAAUGGCCUGAAGAAAAAAUGGAUGAAAUCACUGAACCAGCACCUAAAGAUUUUGACCAGGAAGAUAUUGAGGGCCAAGUCUUUUUGCAGUCUGAGGGCCAGGAACAGGUAGAGAACCAGGUUCAGGCCCUUGAGAGCUCCACAGAUUCAGCAUCAGAGUCAGUGGAUCAGUCAACACUUGCCGUUAAACCAGUGGGACUUCAGGAGAGGAGAGGCUCUAAUGUAUCCCUGACCCUGGAUAUGUGUACACCAGGAAGUGAAGAAGCUGAUGGGCAGGUGCUGUCACCCAGGGAGCAGUCAGCAUGGGAAUACUUGCAAACAGCAUCUAACCUACUCACUUCACAGAUACUGCAUGAACGGGCCAUGGAUUCCUUUUCACUCCAGAGAGAAUUCCUUGAAAUACCGAUGAAUUUUGUUGAUCCAAAGGAAUUUGAUAUUCCAGGCUUUGGACUGAAGAAUCGUUAUAAGACAAUCCUCCCAAAUCCUCACAGCAGAGUGUGCCUUACCAUUAACAAACCAGAAGACCCACUUAGUUCAUACAUUAAUGCUAACUACAUUAGGGGCUAUGGAGGGGAGGAAAAAGUAUACAUUGCUACUCAGGGACCAACUGCGAACACAGUGUCGGAUUUUUGGACAAUGAUUUGGCAGGAGCGGUCAACCAUUGUUGUCAUGAUCACAAACCUGGAGGAAAGGAAUGAGAAAUGUACAGUGUAUUGGCCUGAGGAUCAAGCCAAUUACCAAGGAAUCGAAGUGAUUGUAAACAAUGUUCUACAUGCAGAUGACUACAGUUUGAGAAACAUUACCCUGAAGGAUGGCUCAGAGGAACGACAAUUAAAGCACUACUGGUACACAUCAUGGCCUGAUCAGAAGACACCAGAUAAUGCUCGCCCACUUUUACAGCUGGUCCAGGAGGUGGAAGAGGCCAGACAGCAAGCUAAGAAGGACAAUAGUGGACCAGUGAUAGUCCACUGCAGUGCCGGCAUUGGAAGGACAGGCUGUUUCAUUGCCACCAGCAUCUGUUACAGAGAACUGAAGUAUGCUGGUGUAGUUGACAUACUGAGGACAACCUGUCAGCUAAGGAUGGAUAGGGGAGGAAUGAUCCAGACAUGUGAGCAGUACCAAUUUGUGCACCAUGCCCUGAGUCUGUGUGAGAGACAGCUAUCCCAACAAACAGAGGAAUGAGUGGCAGCCUGCCAACCAACCAGCCGUGGACCAAAGUGACACAAAAAAAAUUCUUGAUCCUUUACCAAUAUUUUUCAUGUGUGUGUGUGUAUGUGGUUUACAACCAGAAUUUUUCAUUGUCACUUCCUUUUCAUGAAAUGAAAGCCUUUUCAUUUUUAAAGAACAACUUUUCUAUUGAUGCGAUUGUGCAGAAGUUAAACAAUCGUUUAUAUUGUUAAAUGUGUUUACCUGUGCUUAUGCCUGAACAGAUAUCUGUCACUUUUCAUAGGAACUGCAGGUAAUUCACUUGGGUUUCUAAAGCAACACUUGGCAUUGCCGAGAUCAGUGAUGUUCUCCCUUCACGUGAGAUAUUCAGCUAGAUGCUGAAUUCCCAUUACACUGUCUGAAGAUCAGGGAGUUCUCCCAUCUAAUGUUUCCCCCACAAACACCACCAAAAACAAUUAACUGCAUUUUCAACUCAUAGGUCUUUAUGGAGAAUUGCUGUGUAUGUUUGGACAAUUUCUGAGAAUCAGGAUAAGGCACUAUGUAAGUGUAAGUUCCUUCCUUUCUUUCUUUUAGCACCACUUACUAUGGUAAAACAGCCUGAAAUC